GAAGCCCCUCAGCUUCAGCUACGAUGCCGGCACGGCCAAAGCCAUCGUCAACAACGGGCACUCCUUCAACGUGGAGUUUGACGACUCCUCCGACAAGUCAGGUGAGCGCAUCCGUGUGUGCGUGCGGCCAGAGCGCGACGCUGUCGCUAAUGCUGCUAUUAAUGCUAAGCAUCUACUGGAGCCGCAGGGUUUCUUUUUUAUUAAAAAUACAUAUAUGUUGUAAAACUGAGCUCCUCUUAGAAGAACGCUAUGGCUGCCUGACCUGCCCUACUCUAAACUCAGUAGAAGUGAACUCUACCUUUGCAGUUAAUUAAGGAGGAUUUGGGCAUGGGCUUGGAUGGGAAGGAGGAAGAAGGGAAAAAAAAGAUGGAUUAUGAGAACAGUUAUAGGCAUAGCUCAUCAUAAGCUACUGAACAAAUGGUUAACGGGGAGGCAAAAGGCACCACUGGAGGAAACGGGCUGUAGAAUAACAGAGGAUUACAGUUACCAACAUGGAGCAGAAAUAGUUUGGAAAUAGUUUCUUUGGUUACCAAAAUAUUAUUUCAUAUUUCUGAAGCCAGUAUGCUCCCAGGUUAGUACAGAAACAGAGAAAUGAUUAGGAAAUACCUCUUUGUUCUCCUGUAACUUAAACAAAAAUCCCUGACGUUUCUUGACUGAAGGCUUUCUAGAUAAAGACAGUGUAUACCCGGCUCAUUCCCACAAAGUUUGCAGGCAGGCAGCUGAUCCGCCGUGUCCCAUGGCUCACUGUGCUGUGCAGUGUGGUUCAGCACCGUGUCCUGCAAACCCCACAGUAACCCUGCUGGAGGGAAUGGCCCCAUCGGUGGGCAAAGGGAAUCUAAGGCACAGCUGCACGGAGGGUUCUGCUGGCUGUCCUUAGUUGUAGUUUUUCCCUUGGCUGGGUUUGCAGAAAUCACCUUGCUGCAAUGAGUGCACCUCUAUUUUUAAUUUAGAGAGCAAAGCCAGCCUCACUGUAAGUCACUGCCUUCUCCAGACACUGCCUGAUUUAACUUGUGUGAGCUAGUGCCCUGUUUUGCUGAGCGCUUCCUUAGCAGUGUCACUUAGGGAAUGGUGCUGGAAACAAACAAACCAUGUCUAUCAAAAAAUGUGGGGUUUUUUUUUUUGCAGAUAAUACUAUAUAAAGGUAUGUCAGACAGCACUGCACUGAGAAUUUGUAUUUCAGUUGUGAUCUUUAUAAUGAACAGUGUUAGUGGGUCAGCUAAGUGCUUCACAGCUGCAUAGAUACACAUAAGCCUAUGUAUAAUUUAUUCUGAACUUCUGUAUUCAUAUCUGUAUAGCUUUAAAAAACUGAAAAAGAAGGGAAAAAGGUCUUCUGAGUUCUUAGCAUUUAUUGCUCUGAAGCACUGAGGAGCCGGAGGUGAAGUGCAUGUGUUUCUAGCAGUGUUAGGAGGAGUAGAUCCCAUGAAAGCACAAGGAAGGGAUCCUGUUUUCAUUCACCGAAUCCAUGUGAGUUGGCUCUCACUGAGCCCAAGGACGCAGCUCUGGGUCCUCACAGCAUAACACAGCUACUGUGUGGUUACUCUGUGUUUGGGUAGGUCUGGGAGGACUGAAAAAGCUAGUUUGUGUCUGGCAACAGGGGAGGGAAAGAUGGCAGGAAGGUAAAAUCUAAAGAAACAUCUAUAGGAAAAAUUUUCUUUCUGAGAAGUCAGUGCAGAACCAGAACAUCUGUGACGGGGAUCUUGUGACAGAUAAGCAGUGACACCACUCUCAGAGUGGGAGGGCAGAAGAUGCAAGUGGGAAUGCUCUCAGUGGUUCUGUCAGUGAAUCAGAAACUGAUGAGUGUUCAGGAAAAAAAGCACUAAGCAUCUCUCUGUGAAUCCAGGUGAGGGCAGAUCCUUCGAUAUCACACUUCCUAUUGAAAAUUACAGUGCCCAAAACCUACCUGGCAGCACCCGUAGUGGCUUCAUUUGUAUGCAGCUAAGUGGGUAACCUACUUUCUUUGCAGAAAAUAAAGCUGUCUUUGACUUGUCUGUGCUUGAUUCACUCCUGUUCCUGAAUUUUGAGACUAACAGUAUAAUGAUCUCUCCAAUUCCUGGUUAGACAGCAGUCACAAGGAGAGAUUAUGCGAUGUUCUGUUACGUGUUACAGAAAACAUGGGGAUAAAAUCCUGUGAAUAUUCCCCCCAGGCUGUAGUGCUUGCUGUCCCAUGCAGUAAUGUCAUGAGCUGUCCCAUUGCAGUAGGGAAUUAUCUGCGGCAGUAGGCGUAAAAUGAAGCAAUAAGAUCAUUAUUUGUGAAUAAUCUUCAACACAUGAGUAAUCACACACAAAGAUGUAGAUCCGUUCAUUAAGAAUCUUCAGGCACAUAACGAGUGACGCAGCGGCUCUGAGUGUUUUAUCACUUCUGCUCUUAAAGGUGUGCAAAAGUAGUUCUUGUUAUAAAAGGUACAUAGUGAAGAUAGGUAAGAAAGCUGAAAUGUGUUUGGAUAGAAGUCUCUGGAAGCAGUUACUUAUUUCAAUUCAGAAGAUAGUGAAUAUUAAAAUACUGAAUAGUAAACACAAGGUCUUACCAGAAUGUUCUAAAUUUUGAUAUAAAAUAUUUUCAUAGAAUGGCCUGGGUUGAACAACCUGGCUCCAAGCCUCUGCUAUGGGCAGGAUUGCCCUCCAGAUCUAAGUCUAUGUCUGUUUGGUAUAUUACAUGUGUGCACGGGAGCUCCUGCCUAUAUCUGUGGAAAAACUGAGAAUUUAAAGGGUAAAAAAUAGCAUUUCUGAAGAUGAUAUUCCAUUCAAAAGAAGCUUUUUCUCCUUUCUGCCUUUUUGAAAAUCUCUUUACUAAUAGCUGAAGCUCUAUAGAUGUAGCGCUUGGCCUAGUUUCUAAUUAACCAUCCCAAUAACCUAUGCAAUUGUCCCUUACAAUGAUGUUAAAAUUAUUGUGAUCACUUCAGUACUUGACUUUGCUCUACUUUCUUGUUAAUGUAGAUGUUACUAAGCAUGCUUAAAAAAAACCCUAUUCCUAAGCAAUUACACACAAACCUUCUAUUUCAGUUCUUGUAGCACAGCCUUAGAAUUUCUUGGGUUAUGUGACAGCUGUGGUAUUCCCCUUCUAAAGCUGAAGUUGGUUCCUGAAGUCUGUUCCCUUCCUGUUUCACAGUUGCUAGCUGGUAGAAUGGAUGUAUGGGAAGUAAAUUGACAACUUGGAAUUGCCUCUUUCUAAACACUUCUAUUUGCUGAAUUUCCAUUACUUUCUCUUAGAUAUAUUAUUGUCUUCUAUCUUGUGUUCUUUCCCUUUUUUUUGGAAGCUUUUCUCAAACAUGUAGAAAACAAAUAAUGAACUUCUGCCUUCAGUUGUUCUUAGUUUCUCUUCUCCUUUUGUUCUUGCUUUUUGAAUUCUUAUGUCCACUGUCUUGUAGCAAGUGUGAAAGUGCAAGUAUUUGUACACAAUUUUGUUUAAAUUUUUAUAACCCAAAGUAAAAGUAAAACCUCUGUAUGGUAGAAGUGUCACGAGGAAUAGAAAUACAGUUUUAGGUUUAUCCUCUCUUGUGUACUGGGACACUGGUGCUGAUAGCCCCUGACCUUUCAUAGUGCACCUUAUUCUAGGAGUUUUAUAGCAACUGAGGGCUUUGUAUCUCAUGCAGAGUACCUACAUAAUCAUGUUGUAGUCUGCCGUAAGGAAAACGUGUAUUGUGUCAUACACUUCAAAAGAUGGAAACAACUGGCAACGUCUCAGAGCUCUAAAACCACAGGAAGUGACUGUGCUCAAGCCAGCCUCAAAAGCAUGAAAGACAAUUUUGAAAUAUAAGUAUUAUUCUCACUCUGAGUUCUGUGGGAGACUUCUUGGAGUUGACCUACAGCCUGACAUUCAAAUGGGAAAUGCUCGUAGCAGUGAGCACUGUAUUCUGUGUUCUCUGAUCACGUGUUUGUGAAAGUCAGCUAUUAAUUAUUCCAUAAUAUUAAUUAUCCUAUAACAAAGAUAUCACAUUUUAGCUGUAAAACCUGUCAGAAGUGAACAGUAACUCUAGUGUGAACCUCUAAAGAGGACCUUACUAAAUGUUCACACGCAGAAGUGUCUAGUACAAGUCUCUUGUUUCCUCUUCUUUCCUUGCUGCUGUGCUGGAGAUACUGAAGUCCAACACAGGCUCUCAAGUAACUCUGACAUUUUUACAGAAAUUCAGUCAUGAUGGAACUUUGCAAUUAUGGGGAGACCUGGGAAAUGAAAAUACUUUAUUAACCUUGGGACUAGCAUUCCUUGGGAGACUUUCAGCAGUCAUAAUUGAUUACUCAAUUCUUCUAUGAUGGGAAAUAUUAAUGAAGAUCCUUCAAGUGUCUUGAUUUCUGACUCUGUAAACAGACCAAUCUAUUUUGUUGUAUUUGUUGCCAACAGUCAGUACAUUAGCAGCGUGUGGUUGGCAGUGGGUUACACUGGAAGUUGUGCCAUUGUUGCUCUUUUCCUACACUUCCAUCCCAGCAGGUAAACUGAGGAAGAAAUGUGUAGAUCUGCUGCCUUUAAGGCAAAGGUUUUACGUAAAGUCACUGCCAGGCAUCUAUUUUUAGGCUUCCCAGCUCUGUGCAUGUAACAUUAGCUACACCAGAAUAAUAUUGGAGGUUAUUGGUAUACAGUCACAGCUUGAAGCUCUGCAGUACAGUAUGGGCUAUGCAAUGUCAUAACCCAUCUGGAUCAUAAGUCAGGGAACUUUUGGCUCAAGGGGACUGUGUUCAGACACCUGCUUAUAUGUCACAAGUAUUUUUGUGCGCUGCCUGACCAGAAAGUCUGAGGUCCUGGAGUGUGUGUGAUCACUGAGUAACUUCACUGUUCAGCUGGUAUCAGUAGAAGCUGCAAAGUCUAAGCAGGAAGGUGGUUUGAGUGUAGUGCUUCAAGGAAAUAGGAAGGAAAAUGAUAGGGCUUGAGAUCAGUCCCGCUUACUUCAGGCCUUUGUUUCUUUACAGAGCUCAAAAGUACCCCUCCUGACUUUAACCAGCUUGCUUUAUUUAUCUCUUUCUGUUUAUUUAUUUACUUGUGCAACCUCUGGGCAGACACUUGUCAUGGCUUGUGCAUGUCAGAAUCCUGUUGACUUCCUUCUGCUCUUCCAGAUUCCCUCUCUAGAGGCAUUUUUUAGUACAAAACUGAGAGAAACUCUAUUUAACAGUUACCAGCUGAGCUAAGAGCCACUUGGCUGCAUUACAUCUUAAAAAGAAACUUUUUCUAGUGCUAGAUUUCACCUUGACUAUUCUUCCCAGCCAUACUCACACCUUCCUUCACUUUUCUCACCUUCCUUGUAUCUCAGUUGUAUGAGCACCAUGUCCAAUGCAUAAUUUCCAGUACUGUAAGCAAACUCUGAGGUUAGUGUUAUAGUUACAACUGUCAGGAAUGAAGCCACUUGUUAGUCUUAAGAGAAUCUAAAUGCUUCCAACUCAGUACUUUGGAAGUCAUUGUCAGAUUAUGUGGGUUGAAAGGUGAAGACUGAAUGCUGAUCAGGGAUUCCCUAUAGUGCCUUCUGAUACAUAAAAAAUCUCUCCUAAUCCUGAGAGCAAUGGGUUUCAACGUGUGAAAUGAAUAGUACACUUCUUGUACUAGGGAUAAUACAUCAUGUGAACAAAUAGUUCGUAACAUAAUGUCAAAUUUUCAUGUGUUUAGUAGUCCCAGGCUGCAUUUAUAAAUAGUUUAAAGUGUAUUCUGUUGUUUUAAAUAGCCACUCCUCUUGCCACUUCCCCUUAAUUCACUCUCAAUGACUAGUGGAUGUUUCAUUCUUUACAGAUAUAUGAAUGCUAACAUUUACAUGCAUACAAGCAUUCCCACUUAGAUGUUUGUUGGACUCACACAGACAAAUGACCUGAAGGGCUGACAAGAAAAGAUGUGAAUCUGAAUGACUUAGGAUGGUUAAGCAGGUCAGAGACUUGUCUGGCUGCUGCCCAGUCUGUGCCAAGUAGUUCAGCAGGGCUGAGUUGAAAUCACUGAGCAGCUGCUGAUACACACGUAUGCAGACGUGGUACACUUUGGCAGUUGUUUAAUUCUGACCUAUCUCUCUGGAACAUCCUUGCUACCUUAUCAGGCUAGUCCCCCAGCAAGGUCACAGCAGGGCUUUUUUUCUUAUGAGAUACCAAUUACGUAGGUUCUUUUGGUGAAGCUCAUUACAGAUGUUUUCUGCAAGUGUGUGAUCUCUACAUCAUCCGCUUGCAUCCUGUCUUACUCUCCUGCUUGUCAUGAUACAGUGUCCUAGGAGGAAUGUUUGAAAGAGAUAACGUAAAGAAGGAAACAUCUCGCAAAAUGUAAUGUUCUGUACUCCACGUUUCAUGGAAGUGACAGCUCACCUCAACUGAACCCUUCAGACUGUCAGAUGGGGAAGUCCAUCCUUGCAUAAGAACACAAGGCUAAUCCCUGAGCAUACUCAUAAGAGCCUUUUUAUGCCAUUAAUAGUACAUGGUGCUUGAGAUGUUUUUCUGCUUUAUCUUUGCAGGACCUGUUUUAUAGCAUACAGAUAUCUGUGUAUAUGCAAAUGCCUAUACAACAUUAACAUUAUAAAUAUACGCACAAUAUGUACAUUAUCUGCACAUAUCUAUAAUGCUAUGCACGCACAUGUCUACUGGAGACAGAAAAUCAUGGCUUUCGUUAUGUCAAAGCAGUCUGUGUUUUGGGCUGUGCUCAAAGGUAUAUGCUGAACUGUCCUAUUGCUAGUCCUGUUUAGUUUGGCGGUAUCUCAGUCAGAGCUACCUUUUCUAUUUUGAGCUCUUAACAUCCAUCGUGCUGGAGUGGGCCCAUUGUUUCAUCUCCUGGAAGGAGUUUUGCUGUCAACGAUUUCCAUUCAAAGGGCAUUUUCUCAUUCAGCUUUGUCUCAGAAUCAUGAACUUUAGAGCAGCGUUUUCUUAUCACACCAAUCUGCAUAACAGGAAGGAAUUCAUUCUGUCUCAGGAAGCAAUCUUAUAGUUCAGCCAUUUUGAUUACUUCUUUGACAAGUUUAUUGCUUCAGUGAGAUUUAUUAGUCUCCUGCCCUGUUACAUCCUUACACAGGGAGCUAUGGUAAUUGCACAGUAUUCCCGCCUAACUUAGGGCAUGUGACUGCUGCCACUUCCUGAAGAAAAAUACAAAGUAGUCCACAGAAUAUCCUGUAAAGAUGCCCUGUUCUGCAUGGGAAAAGCAACUGCCCAGUGACAGCCUUUGGGAACAGCAGUGAGGUUGUGUGGCCUGAGUGAGCAGCUGUCCCGGGUGCAGCACAGUGCCCCUUGGUUUCUGUGCAUUUCCAAAUAUCCCAUGAGCACAUAAAGGAGGCAAAGAUAGUUCAACUUCUUUAUGACAGAAAUCCCACAGACAUUAAUAGAACCGUUUGUGUGGUUAUUUAGCUUUCCAAAUUAGCUCUGCUAGUACCUAUUUUCACCUAAUUUAGAAAAUGUUAUGAGGUCAUAUAACAGCAGUGCAAUAUAAUUGCUGGAUGUUAGUAAUAUAACUUCUUCAGUAAGUGGUAGAAGGAUGAGAACAGUUACUAUUUUUUAAUCUAAGCAAAAUGGCUCCAAGUCUGUCUCACUGUAAUAUUUCAAAUAACUGUCAAAUAGAAGAAAAGCUGCAUUUCCAAGCUGUUUUGGAUUGCUACGUGCCUGUGGAGACCAGUUUACUGAUGUAGAUUGAGAAUGAAGAAUCUAUGAGAAACUCGCGUGUUUUCCAUGUUGCCCAGUGCUUUCUUUACUCUGCAUCUGAAGCUAUGCUAUAGAACAAAAGGGGACAGACCUACGUCUGUAUUUCCAGGGUGGGUUAGAGUAAUAGUGAACUCAAAAGUAAGAGGGCUAAUGCUGAGGUGCUCAAAUACGGAUCAGAAUUUACCCAUCCCUCAAAAAAAGAGGAGGGAAGAGCCAGGCUUCCGUUUUCAGUGGGACCUGAUCUGAUGUUUGUGUCACAUGGACAGGGGUAGGGAAGUUCCCAGUGGAAAUGUUGCUCAGAUGCUCCAGGAGUUUUUGCUUUACAAAAGCUGGUAGCAUUAAUUCAUGGUACAAAAAAAAAAAAAAAAAAAAAAAAGCCUAACUUGUACUGAAGAAAAAAGGUUCUAAUAUCUCCACAUCUACAUUUUAAGUUUAAAUGUUAAUUCUUUGGGAAGGCUGGAAAAUAUUAAGGAAAAUUAAUAACUGCUUAAUGGAGGCUAGAAUGAGAAGGCCUGUUGUGUAACUAAGACUGUUGAAUUUGUAUUCAUUCAUACUAAUCUAAUUAUUACUUUCUUUGAAUGCUCUGCUGUGAGACAAAAUAAGCUAGUGCUGGAUUUGAGAACCACAGAGUGAGAAAAUGCUGCAAGGAGGAGCGCUGGAUGGAGUCUACAGGUUGGUGCAGUUUCACAUUCACUGGGGAUCCUGUGAGGGCCAGGGCUCUGAGCACACUGUGGAUGGCGUGAAGUACGAUGCAGAGCUUCAUAUUGUUCACUGGAAUGUAAAAUAUGGCAAAUUUGCUGAAGCUCUGAAGCAUCCUGAUGGUUUGGCCGUCGUAGGCAUCUUCAUGAAGGUAGGGAAUGCCAAACCUGAAAUACAAAAAGUUGUUGAUGCUCUGAACUCCAUUCAAACCAAGGGGAAACAAGCUUCUUUCACAAACUUUGACCCUACUGGACUGCUGCCUCCAUGCAGAGACUAUUGGACGUACCCUGGCUCCCUGACUACUCCACCACUGCAUGAAUGUGUGAUUUGGCAUGUUCUGAAGGAGCCCAUCACUGUCAGCUCUGAGCAGAUGUGCAAACUCCGUGGCCUUUGCUUCAGUGCUGAGAAUGAGCCGGUGUGCCGCAUGGUGGACAACUGGCGCCCAUGCCAGCCUCUAAAGAGCAGGGAAGUCAGAGCUUCCUUCCAGUAACCUCAGCGAUGAGUGUGUUAGAAACUGCUGUGUUUGCGAGGAACCCUUUUUGCUAAGCACAAAUCAAACCUUUGCCAUGUGUGCCCUGGCAACAUCUUGUCUCCCAUAUUCAUUCUCUCUUUCGCUCUGCAUCUAAAAUGCCAGCUAAUGAAAUGUGAAAGGCUCUUGGCCAAACAGGAAGGGGUUCUUCAUGUGUGGAGCUGGGGAAAACCUGAGGGGGGCUGUGUGCAUUUUGAUGACUUACUGCGACUGACAUUUUGGAAAAAACAAAAACAAACAAAAAAAAACUAUAUUGGCUGUUUGGGAGAGCAUAUGGUGAGAGCAAAAUAAGCCAUUCUGAGAAACCUCAUCCACUGGUGUGAUAGUACACAUAACUAAUGAUAACUUGAAGCUUUGUGAAAAGCACAGGAAAACAAAAUAUAGGUAUAGUAUAGGAAAAAAAAAAAGUAUAUUGAGAAGGAAAAGUAAAAUGAAUACUGAGAAUUAGACUUAGAUAUUAAGAAACUGACAUGUAAAUAUUUUGAAGACCAUUUUGCAUUUUUACCCAUGCUAUCAACAACCUUGAUCGUCUUCAUGGUAGUGUGUUGGUUUUUUUAAUUAAAAAUGUCCUAAAUUAAGUAUUAUCUUUUGAAGUUAUUACUGUAGAGUACAAAAUAUCUUUUCACUGAAAUAAUAUAUGCUCUAAUUUAAGGGGGAAAUAAAAUUGUAUUUUAGAUAACUUCUCUAAUAAAUCUAUACUUAUA